AUGGCGUCGUCUACGUACACCAAAGCCGUGUUUCCUUCGAGUACGAGAUCAGCAUCAACAUCGCUUGCCUCAUUAACCACCAAAAACCCCUUCCUGAGAGUCUCAUCAUUAUCUGGUUCUCGUUGCGCUUCUUGUUAUUGCCAGCGCGCGUGUGCCUCGGUGGUGAACGUCACCAGUGUGUUGAAGACGGCGGACUCGAAAUCUUCGUCCGCACAUGGUUCAAAACCCACCAUAUUGGUGUCGGAGAAGCUAGGAGAGGCGGGGCUGCAACUGCUACGUGAGGUCGGGGAGGUGGAGUGCGCAUACGACCUGUCACCGGAGCAGCUGUGCAACAAGAUCUCGUCGUGUGAUGCGCUGAUAGUGAGGAGCGCCACCAAGGUGACUAGGCAGGUCUUCGAAGCUUCCAAAGGAAGGCUGAAGGUUGUCGGCAGAGCAGGUGUCGGUAUUGACAAUGUCGAUCUUCAAGCUGCAACGGAGUACGGCUGCCUUGUAGUCAACGCCCCCACCGCCAACACCAUUGCGGCUGCUGAGCAUGGCAUUGCUCUCCUUGCUGCCAUGGCAAGGAACGUUGCCCAAGCCGACGCCUCCAUCAAAGCCGGGAAAUGGCAAAGAAACAAGUAUGUGGGAGUAUCGAUGGUUGGGAAGACGUUAGCAGUGAUGGGGUUUGGAAAAGUUGGGUCUGAGGUGGCGAGGCGAGCGAAAGGGUUGGGAAUGAAUGUGAUUGCACAUGAUCCUUAUGCCCCGGCGGACAGGGCCCGUGCUGUUGGGGUGGAAUUGGUGUCAUUUGAGAAGGCCAUCGCCGCCGCAGACUUCAUCUCUCUGCACAUGCCGCUUACCGCAACUACUAAGAAGAUCUUCAACGACGCCACUUUUGCAAAGAUGAAGAAAGGAGUCCGCAUCAUCAAUGUUGCUAGAGGUGGUGUAAUCGAUGAAGAUGCCCUGGUCAAAGCCCUUGACGCCGGAACAGUUGCCCAGGCGGCACUCGACGUCUUCGCGGAGGAGCCCCCACCGAAAGAUAGCAAGCUAGUGAAACACGAGAAUGUAACGGUGACGCCUCAUCUGGGAGCCAGCACAAAAGAGGCACAGGAGGGUGUAGCAAUCGAGAUAGCAGAGGCUGUUGUUGGAGCACUGAGGGGGGAGCUGUCGGCAACUGCAGUGAAUGCUCCCAUGGUUGCUCCUGAGGUGCUGUCAGAGCUGGCACCAUACGUAUUGCUAGCUGAGAAGCUUGGGAGACUUGCGGUGCAGUUGGUGUCCGGAGGGAAAGGCAUCAAGGCCGUGAAGGUGGUGUACCGAUCAGCGAGAGGACACGAUGACCUGGACACCAGACUCCUCAGAGCCAUGAUCACAAAGGGCAUCAUCGAGCCCAUAUCAAAUUCAAUUGUCAACAUUGUGAAUGCGGACUUCACCGCCAAGGAGAAAGGGCUCCGCAUAAGCGAGGAGAGGAUAGUGGUUGACUCAUCGCCGGAGCUGCCCCUGGAUUCCAUUCAGGUUCAGAUCUCGAAUGUCGAGUCCAAAUUUGCGAGCGCUGUGAAGGUAAACGGUGAGAUCAGCAUCGAGGGGAAAGUGAAGGAUGGGAUGCCGCACCUUACGUGCGUUGGGUCCUUCGGUGUGGAUGUGAGCUUGGAAGGGAACCUCAUCCUUUGCCGCCAGAUCGAUCAGCCAGGGAUGAUUGGUCGCGUCGGAAACAUACUGGCUGACCACAAUGUCAAUGUUAGCUUCAUGAGCGUUGGAAGGACUUCCCGUGGGAAGAUGGCUAUCAUGGCCAUUGGCGUCGAUGAAGAACCAAACAAAGUUGCUCUUGAAAACAUCGGCUCCGUUUCUGCUAUCGAGGAGUUUGUUUUUCUCAAACUUUAG